AUGCCUCAAUUUAAAACCGUGCUGGUAACGGGAGGCGCCGGGUACAUCGGCAGCCACUGCGUGGUUGAUCUUCUGGACGCUGGAUACGACGUAGUGGCCAUAGACAACUUCGCCAAUGCUGUCGGUGACGAAGAAGGGUCGCCGGCACUUAAUCGUGCGGAACAAAUCACAGGAAAGAAAAUUACCUUUUACGAAGCCGAUCUUUUGGAUAAAGCGCAGAUAAAUGGCAUUUUUGAUAAGCACAACAUAGAUUGCGUGAUCCACUUUGCAGCGCUAAAAGCGGUCGGAGAGUCAAUGCAACAACCGUUACUCUAUUACCAGAAUAAUUUACUCGGAAUGCUCAACUUAUUGGAGGUUAUGCGAUCCCAUAACUGUUAUCAAAUGGUUUUCUCAUCAUCGUGCACGGUCUACGGGGAGCCAAAACAUCUGCCCAUUACGGAAACACACGCAACGGGCAAUAUCACCAACGUGUACGGCCGAACCAAGUACUUCAUCGAAGAGAUGCUUAAAGAUUUAAGCGCUGCCGAUGCGAAAUGGAACAUAAUAUCUCUGAGAUACUUUAAUCCGGUGGGCGCACAUCCUUCUGGGCUGAUCGGGGAGGACCCGACAAAAGAGUUUACAAACCUCAUGCCCUUCAUGGCUCAAGUCGCGUUGGGAAAGAAGCCAGUGCUCACCAUUUUUGGAAAUGAUUAUAACACCCCUGAUGGAACUGGUAUCCGAGACUACAUUCAUGUGAUGGAUUUAGCCAAUGGCCACGUGGCAGCACUAAAUCUCUUGUGCACCUCUCAUCUUGGUCUAAAGGUCUACAAUCUAGGCACAGGGCGUGGUGUUUCAGUUAAAGAGUUGGUCGAUGUGUUUGAGCGGGUAACGGGCACCAAGGUGCCAACGAAGUAUGUGGCGCGGAGACUGGGCGACAUCACUGCCAUGUGGGCUGACGCCACUCUCGCUAACACUGAGCUGGGCUGGACCACCACUCGCAGUAUUGAACAGAUGUGUACAGACUUCUGGCGAUGGCAGACGAUGAACCCCGACGGUUAUCCGAAGAAGAAUAAGACUAGUGUCAUUGUCAUGAACGGAAAGAGUUAA